AGUGAGUCGCGACGCCCCCCAGAGUAGCAAGUGCUGCGUAUCAUGAGGAGCGUCCUGUGGGCAGGCCAAGGCUGGCGGACUCGGGUUGCCCUCUGGAACAGCGUCUUGCACAAUUCUGCCGGCUCCCGGGCGGGGGCGGGGCUUGCACGUUUUACUUCCGGAUCCCACAGCUACGACACCGGAAGCCGGAAGUGUGAGUUUCGGCAGCGCGAGAAGGGAAGGGUGACCGCAGAACCCGGACUUUCUCGGAGCGCCGGGGCCUGAAGAGUGCUCGGGGCUCACCGUUCCUGCCCUUCUCACGUCGGACCGACUCUGCUGACAGGCCCUGACUUGUUGGAUGAGCAGGCCCCCCUUGAAGAGUCUGCCGUGUGAGAUGGUGCAGCCCAGUGGCGGCCCGACAGGGGACCAGGACGUGCUGGGUGAAGAGUCUUCUCUGGGGAAGCCGGCCAUGCUCCACAUCGCUUCUGAGCAGGGCACUCCCGAGACCUUCCAGCGCUGCCUGGAGGAGAAUCAAGAGCUCCGAGACGCCAUCCGCCAGAGCAACCAGGUGCUGCGCGAGCGCUGUGAGGAGCUGCAGCGCUUCCAGGGCAGCCAGAGGAAGGAGAAGGAGUUCCUCGUGCAGAAGUUCCAGGAAGCCCGGAAGCUGGUGGAGAGACUGAGCCUGGAGAAGCGCGAGCUGCGGAGGCAGACGGAGCAGGCCCUGCAGGAGGUGGAGCACCUGAAGCGCUGCCAGCAGCAGAUGGCUGAGGACAAGGCUUCCGUGAAAGCCCAGGUUACAUCCUUGCUGGGGGAGCUCCAGGAGAGCCAGAGUCGUUUGGAGGCCGCCAACAAGGAGCGGCAGGCUUUGGAGGGCAGGGCUCGGGCGGCCAGCGAGCAGGCGCGGCAGCUGGAGAGCGAGCGGGCAGCGCUGCAGCAGCAGCACAGCGUGCAGGUGGACCAGCUGCGGAUGCAGAGCCAGAGUGUGGAGGCGGCCCUGCGCAUGGAGCGCCAGGCAGCCUCGGAGGACAAGCGGAAGCUGGCCCAGCUGCAGGUGGCCUAUCACCAGCUCUUCCAGGAGUACGACAGCCACGUCAAGAGCAGCACGGGAAUGCAGCUGGAGGACCUCAAGCAGCAGCUCCAGCAGGCAGAGGAGGCCCUGGCGGCCAAGCAGGAAGUGAUCGACAAGCUGAAGGAGGAGGCCGAGCAGCACAAGGCCGUGAUGGAGACUGUCCCGGUGCUAAAGGCUCAGGCGGACAUCUACAAGGCCGACUUCCAGGCUGAGAGGCAGGCGCGGGAGAAGCUGGCGGAGAGGAAGGAGCUCCUGCAGGAGCAGCUGGAGCAGCUGCAGAGGGAGUACAGCAGGCUGAAGGCCAGCUGCCAGGAGUCGGCCAGGAUUGAAGACCUGAGGAAGCGACACGUGGAGGUCUCCCAGGCCCCCUUGCCCCCCACCCCAGCUCACCCCUCCUUCCACCUGGCCUUGCCCAGCCAGAGGAGAAGCCCCCCCGAGGAGCCACCUGACUUCUGUUGCCCCAAGUGCCAGUACCGGGCUCCGGAUAUGGACACGCUGCAGAUCCAUGUCAUGGAGUGCAUCGAGUAGGGGCUGCCUGGGGGGCGGGCGGCCCGGAACAGCGCCCCAUGAGCUAGCUCUAGGACCUUCCGCUUCAACUGCCCCGGCUGCUGGCCCGCGUCUGCCCUGGCGCUUGGAACCCACCGGGCCCAGGGCUCUGCUCUUCUGGUUUGUUCUGUCUGCUUGGACCGCUUGUUUCUGGGGCUUCCUCUCCUUCCACGGCCAAGUCCAGAAUCACGGCCAGGGCUCUCCGGGAACUCCUCAAGCUGCCGCGGGCAGAAGGCUCUCCUCGCCCGUGAGCUCCCACAUGCCGUGGCAUCAGAGCACUCGUGGGUCGCGUGCUGUUCCGUGUGGGGACUGCCCUGCCAUUGGAUGGCAGACGUCCACUUGUGAGGCCCGUGUGGGUCCUUGCCACUCUUUCAGUGUUGCGAGCGAUGCUGAGACGAACAUCCUCGCGCUUCACUGACCUGUGUCUUUGGGUCAGAUUCUUCAAAGCCGCUCCGUGGAGCAGCUGCUGAUGGGUGCAUGGGGCCCGUAUGUCGCCCCUGCUUCCUCAGAGCCUUGCCCGUGGCUGGGGUGUCCAACCUGUGGGCUUUGGCCAUCUGUCCGGCACGUGGCACUCUGGUUACAGUGAGCCUGAGCAUCUCUUCAGAGCUUGAAGGAUCCUUUCCAAUUCUGCUGUUAAUGGCUUGUUUGUGUUUUGCCCAUUUUUCUGUUGAGCUGUUAGUCUUCUGCUCCUCGGUGUCUUUAAGCUCUUUGGUCAUUAGUGGGACCGGCUCUCACGUGUGAUAGAAACCGUGCAUAUCUCCGCUUGCUCUGCGUCAGUGCAGGUGGGUUUUGGACUUGAAGUUUGUCAUCUUAAUGUGGCCACGGUUCUCCACCUUUCCUUCACGGCCCGGGGUUUACUGUGGUUGUGACGCUUCCCACGUGCACGCUUUCCCUAACACCGCAGCAUGCUCUUGUCCUCCCUGAGUGUGUCACUGUCUGGCAUGAGCGAUAGUGGCUGUGUUUCGUCAUGCUGCAGAGGCUUGCGAUGCUGUUCCCUGCACCAGCCCCAAAUGCCCCAGCCUUGGGAAGGGAAGCCCCUGGUUGACCAUGGGCAGGUUACAAACACUAGAGGGCUCCUUAUUGUUGUUGUGCAAGAUUCCGGAUGUUUCCUCGAUGUCAAAGCCAAGGGCAUCAAGCCUGCCUUUGUCAGGCAAGAAUGAUAGAAGAAUGCCAUGGUCUCCCCAGGUUGGGAACGGGAUGUCCCUGAAGGCAACCCGGCCAGCAGCCGGUUCUGAAGACGAUCCUGGGCCGGGGGCUUGCCGGGUGUGUGCAGGCAACUGUCCCAUGGGAAGGUGCUCAAGGCUUCCGGGUGCUGUGUCCCAGUCCUGACCCUGUAGUUUUUCUGCAAGAGCACUUUUAGUUUUGGGGGGGGGGGAAUGUGUGCAUUUCCCGUGGCCGCUGUAGCAAAUGACCGACUUGGCUUAAAACAAGUCAUUCUUUCAUGGUUCUGUAGUCAGGGUGGCUCGGAGGGCAGAUCAGUUCCAGGCCUCUCUCCCGGCCUCUUGGGGUGGCCCCUGCUGUUCUUGGCUGGUGGAUGUGUUGCCCGAAUCUCUGCCUCUGUGGUGACACGGCCUCUUCCUCUUCCCAUGUCAUCUCUCCUCGUCUCUUAGAAGCACACCAGUCGCUGGCUUGGGGCCCGCCCGCGUCAUCCAGGAUGAGCUCAUUUGGAAAUCCUUUAAUCUAUCUUCAUUAGAUCCACAAGGACUCUUUCCAGCUCCGGUCAUAAUCCCAAGUUCUGGCAUUAGCUCAUACCUGUAUCUUUUGGGCCACUGUUCAGCCUAGCGCAGGGCCAUCUUCUGGAGCACACAGUCUAGGACACAGGUGGGGGAAGACCGGGGUCUCCAGGGCCGGCCGCUCCGUCGAGGGGCUCAUUCCCUGGGGUUGUGGUGGCUGCUUGGUGCUCCAUGGUCAGGAGAGCUGGGUGGAUGGGGACAGGCCCUUGCAGGCGUGGAGACUGCUGCUCCUUAGGACACCUUGGCUCCAGCUGACCAUGGGCAGGAGAAGGAAGGCUGCGGGCCAUGGUGGGACUGGGACGCGGACCCAUUGGGCGCUCCGGGUAACAGCCGCCAGCUGUGGAGGGAGGGGCUUUGUGCUUUCUUAGGGGCACGGACGAAGGCCUGGGGGAGUCCUCUGCUGACUGGCUUCCUCUUCUGAGAGGGAGUUGAAAGGAAGAGGAUGGGACCCAGGAGUAGCGAGAGAGGCCGACGUUCUCUUCCUGGGGCACUUUCCUCAGGUCCUGGCGGUGGCGCCCCGCCACGGUGGCCAGGAACUCAGACAGGUGUCAGUGCCUGGACCCCAGGCUGAAUCAGGGUCUGCUCUUCUGAAGCGUCCCCUUCUGGGCUGCCCAUGCCCCCUGCCUCCUUGUGGCCCAUAUGGGAGCAGCUGUACAUGGGACGGCUGUGACUUUCCAGCGGGCCACUCACCUAGAAGCCCGGGAUUCUGCUUUCUCCCCUGCUCGCUUUCCUUUGGGCUUCCAGAAGAAGUGAUUGGAUCCUUUCUGUGAGGGGAAGCAACCUGCCUACCUAAUGAUCUAUGGCCCCUUGACCUUCAGCACCCUGGCUUUGGGAGGCAGAGACAGAGAGCUCGAGGCAUAGCCCACCAAAGCCCAAGUCAUUCUUGCUGCUGGGACGACAGCAUGCGCUGUUACCCGCUGGCCCGCAUGGGCCAGAAAUCCGGGUGAUCCCAAACGGCACUGUAAGAAAGCUUUCUCCGUCGCUGGUAACUAAAACACAGACUCCAGCUGCACGAAAAGUGAUGGGGGGCAAGGAACAGAUGAAGCCUGGAGGCUGGGUGCGGGGGACUGGGGGCCGCUGCGGCCGGGAGAGGCAGCCUUGCACCAUUUGGGUGGAUGUGGCUGGUGGGGUUGCCUGUAAUUCCGGUUUCCUUUUGUAUUUGCGUAGUUGCUAAGUGGCUCUAAUUUGCAUGUAUUACUCUGAUAGGUAGAACAACCUGUUUGUUCAGAGUCCGCCUGGCUGGCUAGCACAGCCCGGAGGUGGUGUCUGCUGGGGCCGAGAGGACGCCUCAGGUGCUUGGUGAUCACUGACGUGCUAGGAACGGGACAGGGCUGAGCCGGAGCUGCCGGAGUCCCGCACGCCCAGGCGGGGUGAGCAGCAGGCCGGGCUGUGGGGCAGCGGAGGGUGUGCAGCGUCCUGGGCCUCCCGAGGCCUCGGUCUCCAUGUGCGGGAGGUGACAGCAGAGCUGCGGCUGAGUUCCCAUCCAGUCCCCCAGGCGCUGGCGGGGACAGGAACUCGGGCAGGUGUCAGUAGUAGUGCUCUUCAGGAGGGGACCCGUGUGUGUGUGUGUGCCCGCACGUGUGUGCAUGUGGGUCCUCGAGAUUGUUUCCGUACCUCCUCCUCUGAAGCCGCUGUUAGUCUAUUCCAGAAACUAGAUCACAUGAGUGUGUAUUUUUAUGUAGUGGCUUAAUUAUUCUUUCGUGUAACAGUUGAGUAGUGAGCAGCUGAACAUCAGGUUUCUUUCUUUUUUUGAGUAUUUUUUUUAAGUUAUUCUGCAUUUCAGCCACUCUGGAAAAUGGUAUGGAGGUUCCUCAAAAAGUUGAAAAUUGAGCUACCCUACCACCCAGCAAU